CUACAUAUAUAAACCUGACUCGAAUGCAGUCAUGAAACCAUCAGCCACGCUAAAAUAUAAUUCAAUGUCUACUUUAUGUAUUGGUUCAACUCAUAUUUAUCAUAAUGCUCUUAGGCUUUCAACCACUUCUCGAAGUCCUCGGCGUUUGGCAUGGACAUCAGUGAAGACCAAAACGGUUGCUGCUACUGUUGACACUCUUCGAGGCUCAGCCAACUAUCAGCCUUCUCGUUGGGACCACGAAUUCCUUCUUUCGCUCGAGAAUAUAUAUGUGAAGAGAGCAAAUUGUGUGAGAGAUAGAGACUCUCUAAAAGAAAAGGUGAGGAAGGUGCUUGAUGAGACGACGACUCCUCUUGAGCAAUUGGAGCUAGUUGACAAAUUACAGAGACUUGGGGUCUCAUAUCAUUUUGAGAGUAAGAUUGACAACAUUUUAACGGAUUUUUAUCAUAAUAAUGUAAGAGAAUGUGGCAAAGAAGAUUUACAUGCCACGGCACUCAAAUUUCGACUACUUAGAGAACAUAGUUUCAAUGUCUCAGAAGGCAUAUUUGAUGUGUUCAUCAACAAAAUAGAAGAUGGUACCUUCGAGAAUGAUGAUAUAAGAGGGCUCAUCUCUGUAUACGAAGCAUCGUAUCUUGCAACAAAAUUGGAUACAAAAUUGCAUAAAGUCAUUAGGCCUUAUGCAAACCAACAACUAAGAAAAAUCAUAGAUAGCCCUGAUCAUAAUACUUACGAUGUAAAUGUCCUUGAGAUGGCCGUUGAAGCACUAGAGAUGCCGUACCAUUGGAGAAUGAAAAGGCUAGAGACAAGACGGUACAUAGAUGCGUACAGUAAACAUGAUGUCUUGAUCGAAUUCGCCAAGAUCGACUUCAAUAUCGUACAAGCUGUUCAUCAAGAAGAACUCAAAUACCUCUCAAGCUGGUGGAAGGAGACAGGCUUGAGUAAUCAACUUCACUUUGCAAGGGACAGAAUAGUAGAGAAUUAUUUUUGGACUGUUGGACAAAUCCAAGAGCCUCAAUUUGGAUACGUUCGACGAGUAAUGACCAAAAUAAAUGCACUUAUUACAACCAUCGAUGACAUCUACGAUGUCUAUGGCACUCUUGAUGAACUUCAACAAUUCACUGCCAUCGUUGAAAAUUGGGAUGUAAAUCGGCUUGAUGAACUUCCCGAGUACAUGAAGCUGUGUUAUCUUGUAUUAUACAAUGAAACAAAUAGCAUUGGCCGUGAUAUUCUCAAAGAUAAAAAUAUUAAUGUGAUCCCUUUCCUAAAAAAGUCGUGGGGAGAUUUAUGUAAAGCAUAUCUAGUUGAAGCAAAGUGGCACAAAAAGAAACACAAACCAAGUGUUGAAGAGUACAUGCAAAAUGCUUGGAUUUCAAUAUCGGCCCCAACUUUAUUAGCCCACUUUUACUGCGUCUUUUCCGACAAAAUCUCUAGUCAGGUCUUGGAGACUUUGUCCCGACACCAACAACAUGUCGUCCGAUGCUCUGCAAUCGUGUUUCGCCUAGCCAACGACCUUGGAACUUCGCCGGAUGAAUUGAAAAGAGGUGACGUUCUCAAAUCGGUCCAGUGUUACAUGAAUGAGACAGGAGCUUCGGAAGAAAAGUCACGUGCGUACGUGGAAGACAUGAUCAGCAACACAUGGAAUGAGAUGAAUAACGAGAUAAUUUCACAUGACUCAUCGUUACUUCCACGGGGUUUUGUGGAAGUUGCAAUAAAUCUAGCACGCAUGUCGCAAUGUAUGUAUCAAUACGGUGAUGGCCACGGCUCUCCGGAGAAAGCAAAGACUGUUGAUCGUAUCUUGUCUACAUUAGUUAAUCCCAUUCCCUUAGACUAACUUACAUAUUGCAUUAAAAUUAUGUUUAGCAUGCGAAUGCACAUCCCCGUUAUUUUA